AUGCGUUUAGAUCGUACUUUAUCAUUCAAAACUACUUGGUUUACGAAAGGUCCAGCAAAAAUUAUCCACUCUCCACUUGAUACAAAGGCAAUAGCCGGAGAAUCAGUCCUAUUUUUCUGUCAAGCUGAAGGUAAUCCUCUUCCUAGAGUUGUCUUCCGAUGGAAUGAUAAUGAAAUCACUCAAAAUCGACCAGGUUUACAAUUUAAAGAAUUAUCCGCAGAUAGUGUUGCCCUACGUGCUAAAUUAGAACCAAAUCACAACGGUGAUACCGUCACGUGUUUUGCACAAAAUCAUGUUGGAUCCGAUUCAGCUACGGCACAAAUUUCUGUAUACAAUGCUAAUGAAACUCCACCAAGAGGAUUUCCAAAAGUUCAUCAAGAUCCUUCAGCAACUAUAAGUCAAGUUGGUGAUUCAACACAUUUACAAUGUGAUGUAUCAGCUGAACCUCAAGCAACAGUCUAUUGGAUAAAGGAUCAAUUUGAAUUGAUUGAUACAAGUCUUCCAAGAUUUCGAAUUGUUGGAUCUGGAUCCCUUGUAAUAGAAACUUUACUUGAAACUGAUUCUGGAGCGUAUGAAUGUAUGGCACGAAAUGAAAUAGGUACAGUAUUAAGUAAUUCAGGCCAUUUGCAUGUACGACAUAAUCUUACAAUUGCAUAUCAUUUUCUUCAACAAAGAGGCAUUCAGUUCCCACCAACAAUUAAUGAAAUGCCUGAAAAAGUUGAAGUAUCCUCUGGUAAAGGUACAAAUUUGACUUGUCGAGCUGGAGGCUUUCCGAUACCUAUGGUUUGGUGGUCAACAUUAGGUACACCAGCUGGACCAAGAGUUUCAGGACCAAUUAUGCUAUCUGAACGUGCUUUAACAGAGCCACAACCACACGAAGCAACACUACGUUUAACAGAUAUCACAGAAUCAUCCGGUUAUAAUUGUAUUGCAAAAAAUGGCCUUGGUCUAGUAAGAAGAAAUGUUAGUGUCAUUGUAAAGCAACUCCCUGCUCCACCAUCAAGUCUAGAUGCACGACCUAUUGGUAGUACUUAUGCUGUAUUACGAUGGCCACCAAGUAUAUCAUCUGGUGUUGAUUCAUACACUGUUAGUUUACAAAUUGAUGAUGGUGGUUUAGGUGAACUUAGCCGUCGUCAAAUAACAAAUAUCGAUCCAUCUGAAAUGAAAUCAGAAGAUUCAUUUAAUAUAUUAGAUACAAAGUAUUCUCAAGAAAAUUCAAUGAUUGUUUAUAAUCUCACUGGUCUUAGUCCAUUUACUUUAUAUUCAGCUCAAGUUCAUGCAGUUAGUCGAGUAGCUGGUUUAUCAUUACCAAGUGAUUUAGUAAAAUUUCGUACAGCAGAACUUGACUACCUACAAAUCAUGUAA